AUUGGUCCGCCGGGUCCCUGAGCCCGUCUCCCCCCGCGUUGAAGCGACUACGGCGGCUCCAAGGAGGGGGAGGGGGUAGGAGGGACGGCCGGUCCCGUCAGUCAGGCAGCGGGAGCCGCCGGGAGCGGAUGGCGGCGGCGGUAGCGGCCCCACUCGCCGCCGGGGGUGAGGAGGCGGCGGCCACGACCUCUGUUCCAGGGUCUCCGGGUCUGCCCGGGAGCCGCAGUGCAGAGAGGGCCCUAGAGGAGGCCGUGGCCACCGGGACCCUGAACCUAUCUAACCGGCGCUUGAAGCACUUCCCCCGGGGCGCGGCCCGCAGCUACGACCUGUCAGACAUCACCCAGGCUGACCUGUCCCGGAACCGGUUCCCUGAGGUGCCGGAGGCAGCAUGCCAGCUGGUGUCCCUGGAGGGCCUGAGCCUCUACCACAAUUGCCUGAGAUGCCUGAACCCAGCCUUGGGGAAUCUCACAGCCCUUACCUACCUCAACCUCAGCCGAAACCAGCUGUCAUCACUGCCACCCUACAUCUGCCAGCUGCCCCUGAGGGUGCUCAUUGUCAGCAACAACAAACUGGGAGCCCUGCCUCCCGACAUCAGCGCCUUGGGAAGCCUGCGGCAGCUUGAUGUGAGCGGCAAUGAGUUGCAGGCCCUCCCGGCAGAGCUGUGUAGCCUCCCUUCCCUGCGGGACCUCAGUGUGCGCAGGAACCAGCUCAGCACCCUGCCUGAUGAGCUGGGGGAUCUUCCUCUUGUCCGCCUGGAUUUCUCCUGUAACCGUGUCUCCCGCAUCCCGGUCUCCUUCUGCCGCCUCAGGCACCUGCAGGUCAUUCUGCUGGACAGCAACCCCCUGCAGAGCCCACCGGCUCAGAUCUGCCUGAAGGGAAAACUUCACAUCUUCAAGUACUUGUCAACAGAAGCUGGGCGGCGCGGGGCGUCUGCACUGGGGGACCUGGCCCCUUCCCGCCCCCCGAGUUUCAGUCCCUGCCCUGCUGAGGACUUGUUUCCGGGACGUCGGUACGAUGGCGGGCUAGACUCGGGCUUCCACAGCGUUGACAGUGGCAGCAAGAGGUGGUCUGGAAAUGAGUCAACAGAUGAAUUUUCGGAGUUGUCCUUCCGGAUCUCGGAGCUGGCCCGGGAGCCUCGGGGGCCCAGGGAGCGGAGGGAGGAUGGCUCUGCUGACGGAGAUCCUGAGCAGAUUGACUUCAUUGACAGCCACGUGCCUGCGGAGGAGGAGCGAGGCGCUGCUGAGGAGCAGCGGCCGCCAGAAUUAAGCUCUGCGGCAGGGGACGCCGAGAAGGCAUCCAGCAGCAGGCGGGAGGAGCCCGCGGGGGAGGAGCGGCGGCGCCCCGACACCUUGCAGCUGUGGCAGGAGCGGGAGCGGCGGCAGCAGCAGCAGCAGCAGCAGCAGCACAGUGGGGUGUGGGGGGCCUCCAGGAAGGACAGUUUUCUGAAGCUGGGGAUCAGGGCUGCUGGUGGAGGUGCUGCUGCCUCGUCCACUCAGGCCUCCUACAACGGCAUGCCUAAGUCCAGUGGCACCCAGCUGGGAGCUUCAGGAGGGCAGGGAGCCCCUGCCCCCGCCCCCCAGGAGCCCCUUCCUGCAGCUGGACCAGCAACAGUGCCUGCUCCCCGGCCACUCGGCUCCAUUCAGAGACCAAACAGCUUCCUCUUCCGUUCUUCCUCUCAGAGUGGUUCAGGCCCUUCCUCACCAGACUCUGUCUUGAGACCUCGGCGAUCCCCCCAGCUUCUGGAUGAGAAGGAGCUGAUGGCACAGCUGCGCCAGGUCCUCGAGUCAAGGCUGCAGCGGCCCCUGCCCGAGGACCUGGCGGAGGCUCUGGCCAAUGGGGUCAUCCUGUGUCAGCUGGCCAACCAGCUGCGGCCCCGCUCCGUGCCCUUCAUCCACGUGCCCUCACCUGCCGUGCCAAAACUUAGUGCUCUCAAGUCUCGGAAAAAUGUGGAGAGUUUCUUAGAAGCCUGUCGAAAAAUGGGGGUGCCCGAGGCCGACCUGUGCUCGCCCUCGGACCUCCUCCAGGGCACCGUCCAGGGGCUGUGGACCACCCUGGAGGCUGUGAAGCGGGUGGGGGGCAGGCCCCCCCCGCCCCUCUGGCCCCCCUCUGGUCUGGGCGGCUUCAUCUUCUUCUACGUGGCCCUCAUGCUGCUGCUCUAUGUCGUCUACACUCGGCUCCUGGGUUCCUAGGACCUGAAGUCACCCUUUCUCCCCGCCCCCGUCGCCCUAUUUCUAUUUAUGACUCCUUUGCGACCCCCGUCCCUACCAGUGGUGCCUUCAGCCCCUACCAAAGACACUAGUGAACCCCCUCCCCUCACAAACACUGACCUCAGAGGCCCCACUCUGGUGCACCCAGACCCUGGGCCCCCAGCCUCUGGCCACCCUCCUGUAGCCCCUUCCCUUCCCUCGCCUCCCAGUGCUGAUGGUGCCUUCAUUCCCUCCAGGCCCUGCUCCCUCAGAGGGUAGAUCUCAACCUUCCUCCUUGUGCCGUCCCCCCCCCGUCCUCCCACUGUUAUGGGGAGCUAAAUUAUCUAUAUUUUGUAGAGAGAACUCUAUAUUUGUAGGGGAUGCAGGGGCCCAGGCUGGGUCCCUGUCUCUGUGUAUAAAUUGUACAGACCGU